UCGGGGGGGAAAAAGCAUGGUCCCGGUGAGAAAGUCAUGGCGUUGCUAGGCAUGUGGUACUCCACUGGUUUGGAAAAGUUUGCACAAACAUGGGCAAUCCUUAAACAGAAAGUGUAACCACUGUUUUUCUCUCCUAUGUUGUUGCUCCGAUGUCGUCAAGGAUGACUUCCCCUCGAUCAGUCUGCAGAGGUACGCUCCCAUGGGUCUCUUUGGGACGGACUUGCCCAUUUCCUCCCCCCCAGAUGUACCAUUUAGUUCUCAGCUUGACCAAAGCAAAGAGUUUUCUUCGGUAGACCUCAGCUUCCUGCCGGAUGAUUUCGGCCAAGACGAGCAAGAAAGCGGUGGUGGCAACGUGCUUGGCCCCCAGCUGGGAACACAAGGCAGUGGGACGUUCUCGGACAACGCCGCUCGGCCCCAAGAAAGGGACGCCAGCGCAACUCAGCCACUGCCUGAGCCAUCGGGGGACUGUCCCUCUGUGAUCCCAAUGACUCCCAUGACCCCGGUAACCCCCACUUCGGAAGGUUCUGGCAUUGUUCCACAGUUACAGAAUAUUGUCGCCACUGUCAAUCUGGCUUGCAAGCUGAACCUCAAAAAUAUAGCCCUCCAUGCCAGAAAUGCAGAAUAUAAUCCAAAGAGAUUUGCUGCUGUGAUCAUGAGAAUCAGAGAGCCGAGAACGACGGCCCUUAUAUUUAGUUCUGGCAAGAUGGUCUGCACAGGAGCAAAAAGUGAAGAACAGUCACGCCUUGCUGCCAGGAAGUAUGCGCGCGUUGUGCAGAAACUCGGCUUCCCCGCUAAAUUCCUGGACUUCAAAAUACAGAACAUGGUGGGCAGCUGUGACGUGAGGUUCCCCAUCCGCCUGGAAGGCUUAGUCCUAACGCAUCAGCAAUUCAGCAGCUAUGAACCAGAACUGUUUCCUGGCCUUAUUUAUCGAAUGGUCAAACCAAGGAUCGUGCUGCUCAUUUUUGUGUCUGGAAAAGUGGUAUUAACAGGUGCCAAAGAACGUUCUGAAAUAUAUGAAGCAUUUGAAAACAUUUAUCCAAUCUUGAAGGGCUUCAAAAAGGCUUCUUAGUGUGUGUAUAUGUGUGUGUGUGAGAGAGAGAGAGAGUGUGGGGGGGGGAGGGAGAGAUGAGAGAACAGAUGGGUUUAUAAUGUAUAUUGUAAGAUGUGAGCACUAAGAACAAAUUCUCUUACCUCAAACUUAAUUGACAGAUGCUCAUAACUUUACCGUUUUGGU